GCAAUUUGUGAUCGUUGGUCCCUGCAGAGACUCACAGACGGAUCAGAUCCACCUUCAGACCAAACCAGCAGCUUCCUCUGAGUGAGUCCAGCUGCAGGAGAGGAACCUGGAGACCUCCAACACUGCUGCUUCAAGCUGCUCCACACACUGAAGCUUCACUCAGAGACUAAAUGGCUUCCAGAUUAGAGGAGGAUCUCUGCUGUCCGGUCUGUCAGGACAUCUUCAAAGAUCCGGUUCUUCUGUCCUGUAGCCACAGCUUCUGUAAGGAGUGUCUGAAGAACUGGUGGAGAGAGAAACCAGUACAAGAGUGUCCAGUUUGUAAGAGGAGAUCUUCAAAGGAUAAACCACCUCUCAACCUGGCUCUGAAGAACCUGUGUGAGACCUUCUUACAGCAGAGAGACCAGAGAUCUUCAGAGGAUCUCUGCAGUCUGCACUCUGAGAAGCUCAAACUCUUCUGUCUGGACCAUCAGCAGCCAGUGUGUCUCGUCUGCAGAGAUUCAGAAAAACACACCAAGCACAGAUUCAGACCCAUCAAUGAAGCUGCUCAGCAACACAAGAAGAACCUUCAGGAAACUCUGGAACCUUUGAAGAAGAACCUGAAGCUCAGGAAGAAAGUUCAAGAGGAGUUUAAUCAGACAGCAGAACACGUGAAGGUCCAGGCCCGACACACAGAGAGGCUGAUUAAGGAGCAGUUUAAGAAGCUUCAUCAGUUUCUAGCAGAGGAAGAGGAGGCCAGGCUGGCUGCACUGAGGGAGGAAGAGGAGCAGAAGAGUGGGAUGAUGAAGGAGAAGAUGGAGGCUCUGAGCAGAGAGAUAACAGCUCUUUCAGCCACAGUCAGAGCCACAGAGGAGGAGCUGAGAGCUGAAGACGUCUCCUUCCUGCACAACUACAAGGCUGCAGUGGAAAGAGUCCAGCGCUGCCCCCUGCUGGAUGGUCCACAGCUGCCCUCAGGAGCUCUGAUAGACCAGGCCAAACAUCUGGGCAACCUGGCCUUCAACAUCUGGAGCAACAUGAAGAACAUGGUGUCCUACACUCCUCUCAUCCUGGACCCAAACACUGCUGGUUCAGAACUCUUCUUGUCUGAAGAUCUGACCAGUGUGACUGAAGGAGAGGAACAGAAGCUUCCUGAUAAUCCAGAGAGGUUUGAUGACUGGUGGUGGUCUGUCCUGAGUUCUGAGGGCUUUAACUCAGGGAACCACAGCUGGGAUGUUGAUGUUAGAGACAGUGGAUACUGGGAACUGGGUGUGAUAGCAGAGUCUGUCCAGAGGAAGGGAAUCAUAAAAUCUGGAUUGUUGUUUAUAUGUUUUAUUGGAGGUAAAUACUCAGCAUGGUCUCCACCAGCUCCUCCCACAGAUCUCUCAGUACAGAAGAAGCUCCAGAGGAUCAGAGUGAAUCUGGACUGGGACAGAGGAAAGCUGUCCUUCUCUGAUCUGGACACUAACACACACAUACACACCUUCACACACACCUUCACUGACAAGAUGUUUCCAUUCAUCGCCACUGAGGAUGAAGUAACAAUCUUACCGAUGAAGAUCUCAGUGAGCAAACAGCAGCUCUGAUGUUCUCAGCAUGAAGAACAUAAAGUCCAAAUGAAACCUUAUUGAUCAGAUUGAAGCUCAGUGUUUUAAACAGGAAACUGGAGAUGAUCUGAUCUGGUCUGACUGAUCAUCUGGUUGCUUUCAGGUCAGCUUCAGAUCUGCUUAAUAAUCUGUCCAGAUGCUACAAACUAAAGGUGACAUGAAGUGGAUGAUGUGGAGUUUAGUUUGGUUCUGACAGCAGAUCCAGGUGUGCUGAUCAUGAACAGGUAACAGGUGAGGUUAGUGGAGACAUGAGGACCCUGGAGAGCUCUGCUGGUGGAAACCAACUGAGAUCCAAACAUCCAGACUGAUGAACGCUGCAGAAGAAAACUCAGAGAGGUUUUCAUGCUUAGUUUAGGAACAUCUCAGCAGAGCGAAGGAGGUUUUCUGUUUCAGAAUUGCAUUUUUAAAAUAAACAGAUUUUAUUUGUCUAAGA